UUUAAAUUGAAUAUUGCAAUUUUCUUUUGGUUCAGUGCUGGUUGAUUUAUUACACUUGGAAGCUGGAAUCUGCCUUUCUUUUGCUCCUAUUUACUGUUGGCAUCUUAGAAGAAAGAUUGUGUUUUUUUUUGUUUGAUCAGUAUAGAUUCAAGAUCACAAAGAGAGAGUAAUUGAGUUUGCAGUCACUGGGGGUUUUCAUUCUUUUUCUAAGUCGUUUCAUUGUCUUGUUUGCAAGAUUUAUCAUUUUUGUGCUGUGAGACAUUAAUUCAAAUUGUUUAGUUUAUCAUUCGCUUUGAAUUGUGACUGUCCCAAUUGUAAGAUUAAUCCUUUAUUCUUUUUUUUUUCUUGAAAAUCCGUGAACUUUGACUUAAAUUAUUGUUGUAGUGAAUUGAGGUGGGGGUGUGUUUUCUGUUGUAGGGAUAUCCAAAAUGAGAUGCAUAUUUUUAUGUUUUUGCUCAUUGUGGUUUUGUAAUUGUCUGUAGUCUUGUUAUUUGUUGCUUAUGGAAUUGUUUCCUUUGUUUUGGCUCCAUAAUGGGAAGGAGUUGGAAUCCAAUGCUCCAAAGAGAGAUCCAAAAUCUUGACAAAGAUGCAGAUAGUCGCAAAUCUGCAAUGAGAGCAUUGAAGUCGUAUGUGAAAGAUCUGGAUAUGAAGACAAUUCCUAUCUUUCUUGCUCAAGUUUCCGAGACCAAGGAAACUGGUUCUUUGUCUGGAGAAUUCACAAUUUCACUUUACGAGGUUCUUGCUCGGGUUCAUGGAGUCAAGAUUGUUCCCAUGAUAGACAUUAUUAUGCAAUCCAUAAUUCAGACCUUAACUUCAAGUGUAGGCUCUUUUCCUCUUCAGCAGGCGUGCUCAAAAGUUGUUCCAGCCAUAGCAAGGUAUGGAAUUGACCCCACAACACCAGAAGAGAAGAAGAGGCAAAUAAUUCACUCUCUUUGUAAGCCCCUUUCAGAUUCUCUCUCAAAUUCUCAAGAGAGUUUGGCAUGUGGUGCAGCCCUUUGCUUGAAGGCUCUUGUGGAUUCAGAUAAUUGGCGUUUCGCCUCAGAUGAGAUGGUUAAUAAGGUUUGCCAGAAUGUUGCUGCGGCAUUGGAGGGAAAGUCUACUCAAACCAAUUCACACAUGGGUCUUAUUAUGACCCUGGCGAAGCGUAAUGCUUUGAUUGUUGAAGCCUAUGCUAGAUUGCUCAUACAAUCUGGAUUGCGAAUACUAAAUGCUGGCAGUGAGCCGGGAAAUUCUCAGAAGCGGUUUGUAGCCAUUCAAAUGGUGAACUUUUUGAUGAAAUGUCUAGAUCGCAGGAGCAUAUUUUCGGAGGUUGAACAGAUAAUUGAGGUGAUGGAGCUGGCUCAAUCAGACAAAAUGGCAUACGUCAAAGGAGCUGCAUUUGAGGCUUUGCAAACAGCUAAGGUGAUUUUGACUGAUAAAAAAUCAAGAGGUGUGAAGACUCCUGCUUCUGUGACGGGUUCAAAUUUCAGUAGGAAAGACUUUAUGGAGGGAGAAAGUUUUUCUGGUGGAGACUGUUCUCCAUCGUCUAUUUCCCCUGAGUCACGUACCAGUACCUUGGACUUCUUCAAUAGAUUUGCAUCCCCUGUUGGGUCUCCUAUUUUAACUAGUCUGCCUUCUCAAAACUUCUACGAGAGAAGGAGUGUGAAUAGGAAGCUUUGGAGUCUUGAAAAUGGAGAGGUUGAUGUGUCUCUCAAGGAUGAUUUGUUCUCAAAGUCAGGGCAUGGAAAUGCCUCUUUGGAGCACACUAUGGAUCACACUAUGGAUCAUGAAUUUUCUAAUGGAGAGCGAGAUUUAACAGGAGAGUUUACUGUUUUCACGCACAAAAGUCUUUGGCGUGGAGCGUCUAGAACUGCUAGCAAAAGUCCUCGAAAAUCUCUCACGCAGGAUAACUUCAAAAUUUUUGUGACUCCUAGAAAGCUCAUUCACUCUCUUCAAGACCCAAAUGAUGAGAUUUCAGAUUGCUCUGAGAAACAGAAUAGAAGGAUCAAGAGUCUAUCAUCAGACAAUAUUACGUGGAGUCCAACAUCUUUUUCAGAAUAUGAUCAAAAAGGUAUUGCAGAUCUCGUCAAGUGUGAUUCUGAAGAGAAUGGAGGCUUAUACUGUGAUGAUCAGUCUCAAGGUGGACCGGAGUCAGUCUCAUCAACUGAUGACAAUCUUGUUAACUCUGAUAUGCAGAGGAGGACUUCCGAGGUUGGCCCUGAUAGGGGAAAUGGUAUUGAAACAGUGCUAGUGGAAAAGCCAUUUCAAAAAACUAAGCAUAAAUUAGUUUAUGGCAUUUCUUUUGCCCUUCUUGCAAUAGCAACUCCUUUACUCUGGAUCAACAGUCAGGAUGAAGACCAUUUUCUUGUCCCGACAUAAUGUGCUCUAGUGUCUACAAACUGAUAAAAUUGGAAAUCUCAGUGUAGAAAUAGAAGAUCUGUAAAAUUGGGCACACCACACCUAAUGUGCUUUUAUUUUUUUCUCGUAUAGUCCCAAACUUUUGGCUGAAUUAUACCUGGACUGAAAGCUCAAAUGCUGUAUUUGGAAUUGAGUGGAUAAUUUGAUUCAUCCAAAAUUAAUAUAAAUGAUGGUAUAUGUAGACUAGACAUGGAUAUAUUUCUUUUCA